AUGACCACGACAAGCAUUCCGCCGGAUGAGGCUAUAUCUCAGAUCUGCGAGUUCAUUGGUCUGGAUAGAAACGAUGCUAUUAAACGUCUCCAGGCCAAUAAUAACGACCCCGAACGCGCGAUCGGCGAGUAUCUAGACGACCCUACCGACUCCAAGAACAAAUACCGUUGGGAUGAAUCUGCGUUCGGUGCGGGCCGCCAGGGAGAACCCGCAAAUCCGGCGAUAUCAUUCAAUAUCCAUGGCCCCGACGACCUUGUCGGACAGACUAGUCACUUGAAUACCAGCAGCGGAGCGCCCACGCGCCCUCCUUCGAGAGCCAACAACCGAUCACCACUGGGCAGCAGGUACAUCUUCUGCAUGCUUCCGUCAACAAAGCUGACGCCUCUCUAUACAGGAGUUCCCGCCAAUGCUGCUCAGGAAGAUGCCGAUCUUGCACGAGCCCUGGCCGAAUCAGCUGCCGAAUCCGGCAUUCCGCCGCAGGAAACGGGCGUUGUUGAUAAUGGUGCCAAUGUCAAGUACUUUGGCCCUGCCAACCGGAAUGAUUAUGAGAAGGACCAGUGGGCCAUGGUGCCGACCAAAGCCCAGGCUGAGGCCACAAAUACGGAAGUGCCUCCUUCCGCUAGGAAGCGUGGAGUCGGGGAACCGGCCUUUUUGCGGACAAGCAAAAAACACCGUCUUGGGGCGGUUGUGGCAAUAUUCCAUGCCAUACCCCUAGCUAGAAAUAUUCUCCUUUCCUGUGGAUAUUCGGCACGCAGCUACGGGCAUAAUACAGAUUGGUGGAAGGGCCAGCCCAUCCUGAAGCAGGAGCAGCUGGCUGCCAUGGCUAGAGGCGAGGUGGUCUGGGGUGGUGAGGCUCAUCCUGACUUUAGUGAGGAGCUUCACCGCCUCAUAGCUUUCCUGGACGGCACAGAGCGAAGCUAUGGCUCUGUAGAUUGCCUAGCUGAGACUGAGGAAAUUGGUACCAACUACUGGGGGGCUGAUCACGAAGUCGAAGACAAGUUUUUCGAGGCUUUGAAGAAUGAGAGCCAAAACAACCCAACCUUUGAACAGUUGAUGAACCGAUUGCUCACUGAUGGCAAAGUCGAAAAGAUAAUAUCAGGGGAGGACGACGACGAGGACCAACAAACCAAGUUUGCAUUCCUCGACGCUGCAUUAAAUCCUGAACAGUACGACUGGAUCACCACGCUCUAUGAUGUUAUCGAUCAUCUUUUAUGGGAUGACGCUUUGUCGCCGGGCCACUCGUUCCCCGAAGGUGCUAGAAACGCCUUCUUCACGAACCCGGCUGAAAUAUUCACCAUUCGAUUUGGUGGGCCCGAGGGCCUCAAGAAGCCGUGCGAUAUUCCUGCUGUGUUUUAUGUAGAUCGCUAUUUGGAGUCUCGGAAGGUUCAGGCCUUGGAGUUGCAAUCCCAGAUCAACUGGAUCAAGAGAGACGGGCUGCAGGGGCUUGAGCAGUGGGAGAAACAGCAAAUGACGUGUAAAGGAGAGCAAGGUUGCGCUGAAUACGAAUGGUUGGAACAGCCUCAUGAUGCGCGUGAGUGCUGCAAGAAGAUUAUCGAGACGAGUGCAUACUUGAUCGACCGACAACAAAAGAAAGCCCAAUGGCGGUAUUACGAGGAGCGCAUCAGCCAAGGCACAACGCUCAGCAUGGAAGACCUACGUCUCAUCCACACUUGGUCGGGUCCAUACGAGCUCAACGAAGAAGAGCAAAAGAGACAAGCGACAUUAAAGCACAUGAUCGAAACGUCUGCAGAGAACCUCCUCGAGUUGGAGGAAGAACAAGCCAAAGCUCAAGAGAGAAAAGAGCACUGCAAAUUAGCUCUGGAAGUCCUCAAGAGACGUUUGACCUGCCGAGAAGACGAAGCCGAUGCCGAAUUUAAGGAGAAUUAUAUCCUGCCGUCACAGCCUGAGAAAUAUAAUCCCAACUGGUGGAAUCCGACUCACAGAUAUGCGCUCCGAGGCGUGGCUACCACGCCUGAAAUCGCAUACAUCUGCACCAGGGACAAGGUAGAAGCCACCUGUAGAGAUGUCGAAGAACGAUCGGGAUCCUGCGAUCAAUGGUGGAGACUUGAAUAUGUUGAGAAUCAUGCAGACCCAGUCAAGGUCGACAAGACGGACGUAGAUACCGUGCUCCUGGCCGCGGGCACCGAGUCGAACUUCCCAAUCCUCGUCUACGCAUCAGAGACGGCAAUGGAUGCGGAGCCAAUCCCCUUGUCUGAUGCUUUGAAGAUGUUCGUCCGCGCGGAUAACCGCUCGUUCCAGCAGGAAAUAGCACAAGCACAAGAGCAGACUUCUGAAGCAGUUCCGUUGACGCUGGAAGCCAUUCAAUCCGUGCCCACCGAUCCCAUCAGAACAUUGCCUACUAAACGGAAGCAUAGUUGCGCUGGAUCGUCUGUGGCCACACUGGGGAGUAGAUCCUCACGAGAUAUGAUGGAUAUGAUCUUCUCAGAUGAACCCGAUCCGUUUCCCGACGAUAGCACACCUAGCACCUUCCACCAGGAAUUCGCCGACCCGGCACCGCAGACUAAUAAGCUCGGUGGCGUUGUCGAGUCCCUGGCGAACUUUCGAACUCAUAGCGAGUCCCCAAUUCUUAGGCGCGAUGGUCCGCAGACUCCGAAACGUGAUGAUUCUGGAUCAAAAGUUCCGGAAAUGCAGGAGCGGUCGGGCGGUCCACCACCAUUCAUCACCCGGCCUAGGCAGGGGAGUCAGACGCUGAAUAAUAGCCAUAUCGACAUGAUGGAAAUCGGGGACGAGGAUCUCGAGAAGCAUGAAGCCAACUAGUGGGAGUGUUAGCCCCCGCCGUGCUCUCGAUGGCGGUGUCUCGGAUGUAAUGCAGGUUUGCUCGUGACGAACGUAACGAUUUCGGAUGUCAUGGGGCUCUGUUAACGAAGGCUUUGGGGGUUGGGGGUUGGGGGUUGGGCUUCUGCAUACGUUCGUUGGGUUAUGGUCAUAUGGACGCAUUGCUGGCGUUGGAUUCAUGUUAACCGUUGCUUUGUGCAGCACGGUGUUUGUAGAUGAUAGAUACCCAAGAGAAGCUGUCGAGCUGGAGGAAAACCCACAUUGCUUCGGCUGUAGCUCUUGCUUGAUGCGCGAUACAUCUAGCCCAUUCCCUGAACUGAUCUGUCGAACUUAGACACUGUGGAAGAUUUCCACACAGAAGCAACACUGGGUAGUCGUGCUGGUUUUAAAACUGGGACGAUCGUAGUCGUAAAUUGACAGUUGAAUGCGUGCU